AUGACUUCUCCUAUCGACCCUAACACUUCUUCUGCCACUCGUAUCAUGAUCACAAAGCUCGACAACGCCGACUCCUGGGCCAGCUGCUCAACUACUUGCUCUCCCAGCUCCGCAAGAACAGUGAACACCAGCCACGACAGCACACUGAUGCUCACAUCGUCGAGCUCACGAACACAUUCAAGCCGAACGCAUUCAUCUAGCAUUAUGGCCGCAUCUUCUGCUUUCUACUCUAAAACUGAUCCUUCCUGCUCGAAAAGUAAGAGCAUGUUGAAGAAGUUUGAGGAUUUCCUAUUCUUGAAUCACCAUUUUCAAAUCUUGAACAACGCAGAGGAUGUGCUGGACUUCACCUCACAAAGGCGGGAAUGUACUAGUGUGAUCAGGUGAAAUAGUACGUAACGAAAAGAAAACAUUUUCAGUAAAAAGAAUGUGUGACACAUGACGUGAGGGUGUUGAUGAAGAAGUGUUCGACUCUACUGACAUAAUUGGUGGAUGAAAGACAAAACAGUCUGAAGAAUAUUUUAUUAGCAUGACAAUCGGUUUUUACUCCUCAACAUCUCUAAUCCUUGUUCUUCCUCUUCCUCCAGUUCGUGUGCCUCGGUCUCAACUUCCAGUUCCUCUUCAAGGUCCACUCGUCGCCGUUGGUCAACAACUCCGCGUAUGUCCUUCUCUUCCGGACAAGACCUGACGUCUACAAGAACUAAAGAACAACUACAACAACCCCCUCCUUCUAGUCCAAGAAAUUAUGUUAAUCAGUUCAAUACAGGCAUAGACAACAACAUGCACCACUCUAGUAGUGCUAGCACAUCAUGUAACGGAGGAGGAGGCGGAGGAGGGUCCUCUUCUAGUAGUAGUACGACUGGAACAGGGUUGAGACUUCUAGGUACAUUUUGUUCGCCAAGGCAUCUCCAAAUAACGACUGGCGGGAUUUCGCCACGGCAACAGCUAGGACCUGCAAACGGAAAGUCACCAUCUACACGUCGUGCGCCCGCAAGUCUCAAACUCCUCCCCAAUUGCGGUCGCUUACGGACGCCAUCCUGGCGCAGCGACGAUGAGGAUUUCUAUAGGUCAAGGAGUUCGAG